UGUAGAAAAAAAGUCGUCUGCUGAUGUAUGUAGAUGCAUUUAAUGCAAAGCAAUCUGAUGGGAAGCUGAAAAAUCAAAUAUGUUUUGAAUUAGAGAUUCGAGUGACGAACACAAGAAAAGGAUGAGUGCCAAAUGCUAUGUAAAGGGUUGCAAAUCUGGAUAUGAAUCAUGCAAAGAAAAAGUACAUUUUUUCAGACCUAAGGAAGAGAAAACAGUACACCUUUGGCAGAAAUUUAUUGGUCGGAAUGAUCUGAAACUCGAAAAGUUUCACUCAGUUUGUCACAAGCACUUUGAUGAUGCAGAUAUUGUAAAAACAACAACUGUUCGGGGUAAAGAUAGACCAACAGUAGUUAGUGAUUCAUUACCUUGGCGGCUUGUAGGUGGAGCCAUCCCCAAACAUUAUCUUGGGAACUAUGUGCAACAAUUUAGGAAAAUUGCUGUGAGGACAUUGGCUCUUAAGGAUGGGGCAACUACUACUGUGCCUGAAAUCAUUGUUUUAGAUGAAGUCACUGUGAACCCACCAAAAGCGAACCACAGCAGUGUAGAACCUAUUCUUCCUGAGAGAUCUCCAGGUGUUCCAAAGAAAACCCACAGUAACAGAAAAGAAUCUCUAGUGCCAUCUUCAUCACCAAGGGUGCAGUUAGAAAAAAAUAGUAGUCAAAACAUUGAAGAAUAUGACAAUUUAACAUUGAAAAUCACCUUAAAUCCUAAAGAAACGGUCCUUCCACUUUCAACAUCAACCAUAGGAAAUUUUAUAAAAUUGGCACAUCCAAUCAGAAGUAAUUUAACAAGACCAACAUCUCAAGUUCCUGUUAGUUAUGAGAUCAGAAAUACCCCUCAAAACAAGCAACAGUCAUCAAUUAACCAAGUUUUGCAACAAAGUGUCACUUCACUUAAUCAAGGUCCCUCGCCACAGGUUUCACAACAAGAACUAAUAUUAAGACCUAUUUUACCGACUGCUGAAGAUUUUGGUCAAGUCAAACUCGCUGUUUCACGCCGGGAAUUGUUAAACCCUAAAGAAGCUAUCCUUCCUCCAUCAUGGUCCUGGCAAGAAUGUUUUCUUCAGAAAAAACAAUUGAUUUGUUCCAAGUUUAAAUGGCUAGAUGAAAACAACUUCGAGUACACCAAGUCCAUAAUAGUGGGCGAGUACGCAUAUGUCAGUGAUAUGAGUAUUUCUACACAUACUGUUCGUUAUUUCGUCCGAGGUCGACAAGUUUUCCCCAAAACUCUCAAGUAUCAAUGCUCAACGGUCAGUGAACUCACCACGUUAUUGAAGUUUUACGACGACAUUCCAGAGUGUCUCGGCUAUUCUGAUCCGAAAUUACUUGGAUCCUCACCACCUUUAAAUCCUCCGCAAACUAAUCGGUCGAAAAAUUGUCUGUUGCUUGCUUCGGAGAGAAGCAAUUAUUGCACCGAAUGUCUAUCAAUAAUGCCUCAAACAAUUAAACGAAGCUUAGUGAAAAACAGCAACAACAUAUCCAAUUCAAGUAAUCUUCCUUCAACAAAUGUAAAUGUUAUUGGACCGUGCAACACGAUAACUCCAGUUGACCUAAGCGCGGACCCACUUCUGAUACCAAUCGACAGUUGUAAUAUUUGUGAAAUCGGUGAGGACGAAUUGACCGUCGAAAAUAGACCAAAUGAAGAUUAUCGUGGCGACGAUCCGAGUGAACCAAACGCCCAGAAUCAUGGGGGAUCGCAUAGUGAACUCAGUGACUUGGAAAGUGAAGAUUCGUCUAGUGUUAUCAUUGAAUCAGAUAGUGAAUACUCACCGGAUGGAAUUGUGGAGUCAGACAGUGAAUAUUCGCUAAAUGGAAGCAGCAGCAUUGAAAAUGAAAUUGACGUAGAUGACGACGGCGAUUUUGCUUUGGCGCAGUGCUAUUUGCAGAAUGAAGUUGUGAUAAAACGACGAUUUCAAAGGAAAUAUCUGCGGUAUUCAUGGAUGCUCAACAAGAGAAAAGAAAUAGCUCGUUCAAUUCUAAAGGCAUCGAAAGAACUUGAGCAGAAAUGUCGAAAUGAAACACUAAGGCUCCCAGCUACCAAGAAAUCUGGCCCCAAAAAACAGUGCAACGAGUGCGGCAAAAUGAUUCACGCCAAGGGAUUUCAAGAUCAUCUGAAAAUGCACAGUGGAAUCAAAUCUCAUUUGUGUGAACAAUGUGGUCGAGCGUUUGUGUUUAGAUCUAACCUAAACUCUCACAUUCGGUUGAAUCAUCGUGGAGAGGAACGUACGAAACCCCCCAAAAAACAGUGCAACGAGUGCGGCAAAAUGAUUCACGCCAAGGGAUUUCAAGAUCAUCUGAAAAUGCACAGUGGAAUCAAAUCUCAUUUGUGUGAACAAUGUGGUCGAGCGUUUGUGUUUAGAUCUAGCCUAAACUCUCACAUUCGGUUGAAUCAUCGUGGAGAGGAACGUACGAAACCCCUCAAAAAGUUCGUGUGCAGCACUUGUGGACAUACUGUAAGUUCGAAACAACGUUUGGGUAAUCACGAAAGGAUCCAUGCAGAUGAAAGGCCAUUCGAGUGUAAAUACUGUGACAAGAAAUUUCGAGAGAAAGGAACUCUUGUUCGCCAUAUUCGUACCCAUACAGGCGAGAGACCCUUUGGAUGCAAUAUUUGCGGAAAAUCUUAUCGUUCAAGAUCCGCCUACGUCCUCCACUAUAAGAGUAGACAUGAAACGAAGGAAAAUGAAAUAGUAAAGGGACAGGUUGAAGAUUUCAGCCUAAGGAAACGCGUCAAAAUCGAUUAUCGCUGCGAGUACUGUGGAAAAGAAUUUUGUCAGGGACGAAUGUUGGCUUACGAAAAGCACCUUACCACUCACACUGGAAUUCCUGCAGCUAUUCGUUGCACACAGCCAGACUGUGAAUUCACUUACUCGAAUUUGAUGCAGCUCAAGGAACACAUGCUGUCACAACAUCCCGAAAAAGCAUACACUUGUGACGUUUGCAAGAAAAUUUUUCUGACGAAGCAGAUGCUGACGGAUCAUAAGUCUAUGCAUGACCCAUCUCGAGGUUAUCAGUGUUCUUAUUGUCCUGUAAAGUUGACAGUUAAGGGAAGUCUGAUUGCACACGAAAAGCGCCAUACCCGUGAAACUCCGCACGAAUGUACCUUUUGCGAAAUGCGUUUCCAUAGCACUUACUUGCUGCAGAUUCACUUGCGCACUCAUCAGCCUAGUCAGCUCAAAAGAAAGCGAUAUAGAAAACCGGUUGAAAAGUAAUUGAUUCCGGCUGCCGCGAUAUCGGUCGACGCCUAUGUUGAAUUUCUGAAAAUGCUGAAACUGUUUUUCUGCUGUCCAGAUUUUGGAAUACCAAAUUUGGAAUACAAAGAUACUUUCUGAUUCUUAA